GAAAAAAAAGAAGAAGGUAACACAGCCUUAAGGUUAUCAAAACUGUACCUCCAAAAAAGUGAAUACCAGGAAGCACAAGCAGUCCUCAAAAUUGCACUCUGCGUUUACAAAGAAAUCAAAGACAAAGCCGGAGAAGGGUCAUGCUACGGAAACCUAGGAACUGUGUUUCAAUCUGUCGGAGAAUAUUCCAAGGCUGAAGAAUAUCUUCAUAAAGCACUUACCAUCAUCACAGAAACUGGGAACAGAAAGGAAGAAGCGACAUGCUACGCGAACCUAGGAGCUGUGUUUCAAUCUGUCGGAGAAUAUGCCAAGGCUGAAGAAUAUCUUCAUAAAGCACUUACCAUAAACACAGAAAUUGGCGACAAACACGGAGAAGCGUUUUGCUACGCAAACGUAGGAGCUGUGUUUCUUUCUGUCGGAGAAUAUGCCAAGGCUGAAGAAUAUCUUCAUAAAGCACUUACCAUCAUGACAGAAAUUGGCGACAAAGACGGAGAAGCGUCAUGCUACACAAACCUAGGAGCUGUAUUUCAAUUUGUCGGAGAAUAUGCCAAGGCUGAAGAAUAUCUUCAUAAAGCACUUACCAUCAUCACAGAAACUGGGAACAGAAAGGAAGAAGCGACAUGCUACGCGAACCUAGGAGCUGUGUUUCAAUAUGUCGGAGAAUAUGCCAAGGCUGAAGAAUAUCUUCAUAAAGCACUUACCAUCAAGACAGAAAUUGGCGACAAACACGGAGAAGCGUUGUGCUACAUGAACCUAGGAGCUGUGUUUCAAUCUGUCGGAAAGUAUGCCAAGGCUGAAGAAUAUCUUCAUAAAGCACUUACCAUCAUCACAAAAAUUGGGGACAGAAACGGAGAAGCGGCAUGCUACAUAAUCCUAGGAAAUGUGUUUCAAGCUGUCGCAGAAUAUGCUAAGGCUGAAGAAUAUCUUCAUAAAUCACUUACCAUCAGCACAGAAACUGGCCAAAAAGACAAGAAGCGUCAUGCUACGGAAGCCUAGGACAUGUGUUGAGAUGUGUCGGAGAAUAUGCCAAGGCUGAAGAAUAUCAUCAUAAAGCACUUACCAUCAACACAGAAAUUGGCCACAAAUACGGAGAAGCGUCAUGCUACAUGAGCCUAGGAUGUGUGUUUCAAUCUGUCGGAGAAGAUGCCAAGGCUGAAGAAUAUCUUCAUAAAGCACUUACCAUCAACACAGAAACUGGCGACAAACACGGAGAAGCGUCAUGCUACAUGAACCUAGGAACUAUGUUUGCAGGUGUUCAAGAAUAUGCCAAGGCUGAAGAAUAUCUUCAUAAAGCACUUACCGCCAACAAAGAAAUUGGCAGCAGACAAGGAGAAGCGGCAUGCUACAUAAACCUACGAGGUGUGUUUCGAUCUGUCGGAGAAUAUGCCAAGGCUGAAGAAUAUGUUCAUAAAACACUUACCAUGGAUAUCGAAAUUGGCAACAAAGACCGAGAAGCGUCAUGCUACCUAACACUAGGAGAACUGAGUUUUUUCGCUGGUGAAUGUGCGAAGGCUCAAAAAUAUUUUGAGAAUGCUCUUCAACUUAGCUGUGCAACUGGAAACAUGGAAUUGCAAUUUGUAUCUUCUCUUUUUCUAAAUAUCUGUUCUUUUUUAAAAUAACAGGAAACAUAUCUGAAGCCUUAUCCAGUCUCUCGACAAGCAUUCAACUUUGCGAAAAAAUGCUUAUUUCUCUAGGAAGCAAAGAUAGCCACAAUAUAUCAUUUUUUGACAAAAAUGUGUCUCCCUAUCGUCUGUUUUGUUCAUUGAGUUGUUCUUGUGGGAAACCCUAUGAAGCUUUACACGUUGCUGAACUCGGACGGGCCAGAGCCCUGGCAAAACUUAUGUCAAAUCGGUACUCCAUUGAAAAAGAAAUAUCCAUCCACCCACAAUCCUUUGCUGGCAUCGAGGAAGUAAUGAAGAAAAAUGGCAACAGCACCUGCCUAUACAUCUCCUAUGACUACCGUGACAAUAUAUUUUUGUGGGUUUUGAAACAAAGCAAACCGGCAGCUUUCCGAAGAACGAAUCUUUGUGAGAGCUAUGAUAGCAAGCACUGCAAAACCUCUGUGUAUGACCUGUUUGGAAACGAAAGCUUCUCAAGAAAAUUUCACGUUUUACCUGAAGAGCAAUGCGAAGACCGAUCACUCUUCUCUUCAUUCGCCAACCAACUUACAAACGAAUCAAAUCUGGAAGAUAGUCUUUCAUCCUUGCGUCCCCUUUUAGAUGAGGAUGAAGUAAACACAGACCCUGAACCGCCAACACUUUUUCAGAUUUACAACAUGUUGAUUGCUCCCGUAAGUGACUUGCUAGAAGGAUCUGAAAUCAUUGUUGUUCCUGAUAACUGCUUCUUCCAAGUUCCGUUUGCAGCAUUACAUGAUGAAAGUAACCGCUAUUUGUCAGAUUCUUUCAGGAUACGCAUUGUCCCUUCUUUGACGACUCUCAAGCUCAUUCUGGACAGUCCAGCGGACUCUCACAGCGAAACUGGUGCAUUGGUUGUGGGUGAGCCAAGUGUGACGGAUGUGUAUUUCAAGGGAAAGUCAAGGUAUCUCUGUGCAUUGCCUGGCGCGAAAGCGGAAGCAGAGAUGAUUGCAAGACUACUGCCUGAAUCUCACCUUUUAACAGGAGAACAAGCAACAAGGCAGGCAGUUCUUCAGAGAAUAUCCUCAGUGAGUAUCGUACAUUUCGCUGCUCAUGGUGAUGCCGAAAGAGGAGAAAUCGCUCUUACCCCCCCUGACUCGACAAUUGGGACUCCACAUGAAGCAGACUACUUACUGUCAAUGACCGACAUUUCACAAGUUAGACUGUCAGCCAAACUGGUGGUCCUUAGUUGUUGCCAUACCGCACGUGGACAGAUCAAAACAGAAGGCGUUGUUGGAAUCGCUCGAGCCUUCUUAGGAUCGGGUGCACGCUCAGUGUUGGUGGCAUUGUGGGCCUUACAAGACAGAGCAACAGAGGAGUUCAUGGGAAGAUUCUACGAAAACCUUGUCCAAGGGAAAAGUGCAAGUGAAUGUCUUCACCGGGCCAUGAAGUGGAUGCGAAAUAACCGUUUCUCAGAAGUGAGGCAGUGGGCACCUUUCAUGCUGAUUGGGGAUGACGUGUCAUUUCACUUUGGUGAAAAAAAGCGAAGGUAA